AUGCGAUCCAUCUGGGUUGUGGUGUUUUUGUUGGGUCUGGUCUCCUACCAAGCGCAUGGUCGAUUCAUAGUCAAGGUAAGUUAUUUUCGACUAGCAAAGUACAAGACGUUUCAAGAAAAGUUCCACAAAGUAUUCGCAAAUAUCCUUGCAUUAUCCUAGAAGUAUAAAUUGUUUUUAAACUUCGGGCGUUUUUAAGACAUGCAAAAGAAUUUUUUCGCAUCGGCGGAGAGACCAUUCCCGGCGGUGACAUUUGACGUCUGGUUUGAAUUUUUUUGUUAUUUCAUCUUGCUACUGUAUGUACAUCUUUACUACGGAUGAAAGCUACAGCGACGUUACCAAAUGUGACAGACCUAGUUUUAAUUUUAGAACCAAUUAAAACUUCUUGGAUAGCGGCAAAAGGCACAAAAAUAUUUGCAAAUACUUUGCGGAAUAUUUUUUAAUACACCCUGUAUAAUGUUAAAGGGGAUUCUAUGAUAAACGAAUUCUUCAGCGUGAAACAAACCCAUCAACGACAGCAGAACCGGAGAAAUCUGAAGAAAAUAAAGAGGAGGCUGAUAAAUCUGAAGCUAAAGAAGGAAACGAAGGCGAGGAAGAAACGGAUUCAAAGGAAAAAUCUGAGACGGAAGUAGAAGCACAGAAAGUAUCCAAGGAGUCUGCUUCCAUCGAUGCGAAUUCUGUUGACGAAAAGGAUGAAGAAACCACUACAAUCAGAUUCCGUCAAAGCAAUCAUGUAGAUGACGACAAUGCCGAAGCUACAGAAUAA